AUUUGUCAAUAUUAACAUUGUUGAUUAUUUAUUCUAGUGAGAAGUGAGGUGAUGCGGUCUUUGCGCCAAUAAUCAAUAUUCAAAAAGUUACUGUUUUAUAAAAAAAAAAAAUAAUGUCGUUAUGGGUUGAUAAGUAUCGUCCAAAAGAGCUGAUGAAGCUAGAUUAUCAUAAAGAACAAGCGGAACAACUAAGAAAUUUAUGUCAUCAAGGGGAUUUUCCUCAUUUAAUGUUUUAUGGCCCAUCAGGUGCCGGAAAAAAAACUCGCAUAAUGUGUUUGCUUCGAGAAUUAUAUGGUCCUGGAGUAGAACGUCUUCGGAGCGAAACAAUGCAAUUUACAACACCAUCAAAUCGCAAAAUUGAUAUUAUGACUACGAGCAGUAAUUACCAUUUAGAAGUCAAUCCUUCUGAUGUUGGAAUAUACGAUCGUGUUGUAGUCGUAGACUUAAUUAAGCAAAUUGCUCAAACUCAUCAAAUUGAUCCAAAUGGGCAACGUGAAUUUAAGGUGAUUGUUCUAUCUGAAGUUGAUGAGCUCACUAAAGAUGCUCAACAUGCCUUACGUAGAACGAUGGAAAAAUAUGUAGCAACAUGCCGUAUAGUUUUUUCGGUAAAUUCAACAUCUCGAGUCAUUCCAGCAAUCAAAAGUAGGUGCUUAGGUAUUAGAAUAGCAGCCCCAAAAAUUUCCGAAAUUAUUACUAUACUUCAAAAUGUAUGUAAAAAAGAAGGUCUCACAUUACCCGAAAGUUUUGCUGAGCGUUUGGCUAUUAAAUCCGAAAGAAAUUUAAGGCGAGCUAUUUUAAUGUUAGAGGCUUGCAAAGUUCAACAAUAUCCAUUCACCGCAAAUCAAGAUAUUGUAGAGUUAGAUUGGCAAGUUUAUUUAAAAGAAACGGCUAAUCAAAUAAUACAAGAGCAGACACCACAAAAGUUAGAAAAAGUACGUGAAAGAUUGUAUGAGCUUUUAUCUCAAGGUAUACCACCCGACACUAUAUUUAAAGGUCUGGUAGAAAAUUUGGUGAAAAAUUGUGAUAUGUCACUCAAAGCAAAAAUUUUAGAAGGUGCAACAUUAUAUGAAUAUCGGAUGCUUUCAGGAUCUAAACAUAUAUUUCAUUUGGAAGCGUUUGUUGCAUAUUUUAUGAAUAUAUAUAAAAAAUUCUUGUGUGAAGCUAUAAUUUUGGAUGAUUUUUAAAUUAAAUAUUAAUUAAAUG